AUGGCUGGUAAGCGCACAGUAGUUUCCGAGUUGAGCAAUGAAGUUAGAAAAAAGAGAAGGAUAAAUGCAUCGCUGCUGCAUGAAUGUGAAAUACUUCUUAAAUCUACUGAUGAUGCAUCGAGUUUAUUACCAUUACUAAAUAACGAUGUCGACAGGACUCAAUUUGUGACUAGAUGGGUUGCUGUUUGUGAAAAGAAUCUAGAAACAUUAAGAAGUGUACUAAAUGAUUUACAUUUUUCUUCAGAAAGGGAGAGAUGUUUAAACCUGAUACAAGAAUUUGUUUGUCUUCACGCAAAGUUUGAGAAUUCUUUAAUACAAGGAGCUGGAAUUCAACGUGCAAUUCCUGAAGUAAAUAGGGAUGGUAUAAAUGAUCGUGUUCGCUGGGCUGAUUGUGAAAAUGCUUUCAAGUGUCGGCUUCAAACAAGUAUAAUUAUCAACCUGGUGCACUUAGAUAUAAGUGCUUUUUUAGAUGAUGCAUGUGUACUUUUUGAAGAUUUCAUUAAAAAGGUUUUACAAAAGCAUGAUUCACUGAAAGUUUAUGCUGUGCUUACAACAAAGUUUAAAAAAAUUAUUAAUGAUGAAGAGAAAGUUGAGCCCAAGUAUUUUAAUGUGAGAAGUAAUAUAAUUUUUCCAACAACUGUUUUAAUUGAAUGGUAUAGCAAAAAUGUUAAAGAGCCUAUAUUAAAACAAGUGGAGGAGUUUGAAGAGAAGGAAUCACAAUGGACACUUCAUUCAAUUACAAAAUUGGAAAUCAACGUUAACAAAUAUAAUGCAAUACGAGUUGGGUCCUACAUUGAUUUACCUAUCGAAAUCAAAGCAAAGCGUGCAUGUAUAAAUGUUAAAAAUAUGGAUACAAUGUGUUUUAAGUGGGCUGUUUUAUCAGCUUUACACCCAAUAGUUCAACACCCAGAGUUGAUGAAUAAUUACUUCAGAUAUGGAAAUGAAUUGAACUUUACCGGAAUCGAGUUUCCUGUUUCUUUAAAAGAUAUAACAAAAUUUGAAAAACAAAAUGACAUCUCUAUUAAUCUGUAUGGACUUCGCUUAAUAAACAAAAAGUACAACACAGUCUCAUUACACUUGACUUCAGAAAAAAAGGCAAGACAUAUUAAUUUACUAAGAGUGGAAAGUCACUAUGAGAAUGAGGUUGACAGUGAUAAUGCAGCAGGAGGAUCAACUCUCACAACUAUUCCUGCUGCUUCUGAUGUUAUUGUACCAAUUAAUUACCAUUAUGUAUGGAUUAAGAACUUGUCCGCGCUUGUAAGUUCUCAAGUUUCAUCCAAUCGACAUAAGAAACACAUCUGUGAUCGAUGUCUUCAUUACUUUGUCACGGAGGAGAGAUUAGCCAGACAUGAGGAGGAGUGCAAGACAUUAAAUGAGUGUAAAAUAAACCUUCCCAAACCAGGACAGAAUUUUAUUCAGUUUAAAAAUUAUGGAAAUAGAGAAAAAGUUCCAUUUGUAAUCUACGCUGACUGUGAGUGUUUGUUGAAUCCUGUCGAAGAUGAAGAAACCAAUUGUAAUACUGAAGUGAUUCAACAUCAUGAAAUGUUCAGUAUUGGAUAUUAUUUAAAAUGCAGUUAUGAUGAUUCGUUAUCCAAAUACAAUUCCUGCCCAGAUGGAACAGAUGCUGCCAAGUGGUUCGCCCAGGAGUUGAAACAGUUGGCUGGAACUCUGGACAAUAUCUUUAAAAACCCUAUUCCAAUGGAUAGAUUGACACAUGACGAGAUUGAAGCUUUUGUUGAUGCUCAAAUAUGUCAUAUUUGUGAAGGACCAUUUUUACCACGUGAGAAGAAAGUUCGAGAUCAUUCCCACUUAACUGGUAAAUAUCGAGGUGCAGCUCAUGAAAAAUGUAAUUUAAAUUAUCAAGAUUCACGAGUAGUACCAGUUGUAUUUCACAAUUUGAGUGGGUAUGAUGCUCAUUUUAUAAUUAGAGACAUUUGUUUAGAAUUUUCGGGAAAGAUUGAACUUUUACCACUGAAUAAAGAAAAAUAUAUUUCUUUUACUAAAUAUGUAAAGGAAACGGAAAUCAAAUUUCGAUUUAUAGACUCAUUUAAAUUCAUGGCAUCGUCUUUGGAGAAAUUGGCAUCAUACCUAUCCGAGUAUAAAAUUGUGAAUCAAGUAUUUUCAAACUUCACCUCUGAAGAAAUUGAAUUACUUACACGUAAAGGGGUUUUACCGUAUGAAUAUUUGGAUUCUCGUCAAAAAUUAGAAGAAACAAACUUACCUGCUAAAGAAAAAUUUUAUAGUACAUUGAAUGAGAGUACGGUUUCUGAUGAAGAUUACUUACAUGCCCAACGUGUUUGGUCUACAUUUAAUUGUUCUAAUCUCGGUGAAUAUGUUGAUUUAUACAUGAAAACAGAUGUUUUACUAUUAGCCGACAUCUUUGAAAAUUUUAGAGAUCAGUGCUUACAAGCUUAUAGACUUGAUCCUGCUCAUUACUAUACUACACCGGGAUUAACUUGGGACGCGAUGUUAAAAUAUACUAAUGUAAGGUUAGAAUUGUUGACAGACAUUGACAAACUAAUGUUUUUUGAACGUGGUGUGAGAGGAGGUAUAAGUCAAUGUAGCAAUCGCUAUGCUUGUGCUAAUAAUCCGUUUAUGGAAAAUUUUAAUAAAAAUGAGGAGGUCAAGUACAUUAUGUAUUUUGAUGCAAACAAUCUUUACGGUUGGGGUAUGGUACAACCACUCCCUUAUGGUGGAUUUGAGUGGGUUCAAGUUGACGACAAUUUUGACUUUAAUAUAUCAGAUGAUUCACCUUUUGGCUACAUUUUAGAAGUAGAUUUAGAUUAUCCAAUAGAAUUGCACAACAGUCAUAGUGAUUUUCCAUUCUGCUCAGAACACUCAAAUCCACCAUCGGAAUCAAAACAAGCAAAGCUUUUAACUACAUUGAAUCCUAAGCGCAAGUACAUUAUCCAUUAUAGAGUAUUAAAACAAGUUCUUGCUAAUGGACUCAAGUUGGUAAAAAUUCACAGAGUUAUGCAAUUUAACCAAUCAACGUGGCUUAAGCCUUAUAUUGACUUUAAUACUGCAAAAAGAGCUAAAGCGACAAAUGAAUUUGAAAAGAAUCUGUUUAAACUCAUGAAUAAUGCCGUUUAUGGAAAAACCAUGGAAAAUGUACGCAAACACGUCGAUGUAAAACUAGUAACUAAGUGGGAGGGUCGCUAUGGAGCUGAGGCUCUGAUAUCUAAACCAAAUUUUCACAGUCGGUCAAUUUUCUGUGAAAAUUUGGUUGCAAUUGAACUAAGAAAAACCGAAAUUUUGAUGAACAAACCAAUUUACAUUGGUUUUGCAGUACUCGAUGUAUCCAAGUUACUUAUUUAUGACUUUCAUUAUGACUACAUGUUAAAAAAGUAUGGUGAAUCUUGUAAGUUGAUGUAUACAGAUACCGAUAGUUUAAUUUAUGAAAUAAAGUGCGCUGAUAUUUAUGUGGAUAUGAAGGAGGAUAUUCAUAAGUUUGAUACGUCGGAUUAUCCAAAGGAUAAUAUUUAUAAUAUUCCUCUAGCCAACAACAAAGUACUUGGACUUAUGAAAGAUGAAUGUAGUGGAAAAAUAAUCACAGAAUUUGUUGGUUUAAGGAGUAAGAUGUAUAGUAUUCGUGUAAACGGUCAGGAUUUUACAAAGAAGGCUAAGGGAGUUAGAUCGUUAGUUGUAAAAAAAUAUAUCAAUUUCAAUGAUUAUACUGACUGUCUACAAAAUUUUGCAAUUCAGACAAGAACUCAACAUGUAAUUCGAUCACGACUUCAUAAAGUUGAAACUGUUAAACAACUUAAAGUUGCUUUAAGUCCAAUGGACGACAAACGAUAUUUAUUACCAGAUAGCUAUGAUACUCUUGCUUGGGGACAUUAUAGAAUAGAGGAAAGAGAUUAA